CUAACCCUUCAGGCAACGUCGUCCAAGGAACCCAAACAGAUCAGUGAUGUUUCGCGAGUUGGCACUUGUGGUGCUGCUGGUGGCGCUAGUGUCGGCGCAGCGACGGCUUGCCCUUCCCGACCCAAGGAGUUGUGCCAACAGAGUUCGACAUUCGACUUACAGAGAUGCAAGAGGAGUAGCCCACUCAUAUUUCUUCUCUUGGGAACAUGCACCAACCAGGAGCCUUGAAGUUGAUUGGCUGGAUGCAAGAAACAUUUGCAGGAGACACUGCAUGGAUGCUGUCUCACUUGAAACUCCCCAAGAGAAUGAAUUCAUCAAGCAAAGGAUAGUUAGAGGCAACGUGAAAUACAUUUGGACUUCUGGACGCAAAUGUAAUUUCAACGGCUGUGAUAGACCUGAUUUACAGCCUUCCAAUGUUAAUGGCUGGUUCUGGUCUGGCUCUGGAGCUAAAAUUGGACCUACCACCCAAAGAAAUACUGGAGACUGGAGUCAAACUGGAGGAUAUGGGCAAGCUCAGCCUGACAACAGGGAAGCACCACAGGGCAACGAUGAAUCUUGCCUUGCUAUUCUCAACAACUUCUACCAAGACGGAGUCAAAUGGCAUGAUGUAGCUUGCCAUCACUUGAAACCAUUUGUUUGUGAAGACUCUGAUGAACUUCUGAAUUUUGUGCGCUCACGAAACCCUGGAAUCCGUUUGUAAAUUGUAUUUAAAAAAGAAACUUCCCACCAAUGUAAAUUUAUUCCUCCCCUUUCCCGAAAUGUUAGGUUAAAUGUUGUUAAGAGUGAUAACUCGUGUAUUAUUUAUCGUUUUUAAAAUUUGUGAAUUUGAUCUGUUCAAGCAACAUUGUGUAUACAUUUUUAUAUCUUAAAUUAUGUCUUUUAAAAUUAAAUUUUUAAUUUAAGUAAA